UCAUUUCUCGCCAACACUGGAGAGCAGAAAAUCAGGAACAGAAAUCUGAGAAAGGAGAGAAAAAGGAAGAAGAAAAUUCAGUUUUCUCUGUACAGGAAAGAGGAGGGAAGAAAUGGAUGAUUACACUAGAGAGAUGAUGGACCUGAAAACCCUAGUCACGCGAACCCUAGAGAAGAAAGGCGUUCUUGCCAAGAUCCGGGCUGAACUCAGGGCAAGUGUCUUUGAGGCAAUUGAAGAGGAGGAUCGAGUAAUUGAAAGGGACGAAGGUUUGCCAGCUGCACUGUUGGGUAGCUGCAAUGAACGUGCAAAACAACUCCAUGCUUCUCCAUCUGGAAGACUGUUAACUGCACUAAUAUGUGAAUACUUAGACUGGGCACAGCUAAACCACACCCUAAAAGUUUAUCUGCCAGAGUGUAAUUUGCAAAAGGACUUUUGGAAAAGUGAGUUGACAGAAUUUAGUAUCAAAAAAGGUUAUGAUCUGAACAGAAACGGGGAUAGUGGUCCUUUGCUUUUGGAUGUUCUUGAAGGCUUUUUAAAGUUUGAGAGUUUAUCCCAAGCUAGGGGAACUGGAAGGAGACCUCCAGAAACUGAGUCUUUGUCUGGUUUAGAGGCUAGGAACGCAAGAAGACCCUCCUCAUCAUCUGUUGCUGGGGGCUUACCCCCACUAGGAAGGCCAGUUUCCAUUUCCCAAUCAUCUGAUCGGAGAGCAGGGUCCUCCAUGUCUGGCUACAGGAAAGAUGAGUACAAUAGGAGAUAUGACGGCGAUGAUCUCCCAGAGGAUGUUAUUCAAACUUCAGCAGCCCUGGAAAACCUUAAGUUGGAUAGAAAAGCCAGGAAUCUUACCUCUUCUUGGCGGCAUGGUGGAGAUGGAAUUAGUGAGGAUGAUGGCAGAGAUUGAUCACAUGUAGCUGGAUAACAUCUCUAGUUUUAGUGUGUAUUUUCAAGUUUUCACCCUUUGAAUGUCUUUUCAGCCAUAAACGAGGGUAGAGUGAAGUUUAUGUUAAGUUUUACGCACACGGUGAGGUGCUCUAGUGUUUUUAAGCUUUCUACUUCUUUUUGCCUUUUCUUCUGCUUUGGAUCCAUUUUUUAUGUUUUAACGAUUCAAUCUGUUUAAACUUAUUCCUCGAGUUCAAUGUCACUUU